GCUACUUCGCUUUUAGCAAACUUCGGAUAUAACGAACGAUAUUUAAAUGUCCCAUUGAGUUCGUCAUAAGCGGAGUCGAUUUAAUGACACAUUUAGUUGAUUAUGACACUGAAUUUUCUUUUAAAUUUUAUUUCAGGUGAAAAGUAUGUUAUGACUAUAUUUCGAGUUUUAAGUUUUGCAGAUCAAGGUAUAUAUGAUAUAGUGAACAAUCUUGGAUCCAUGGCUGCACGUUUUAUAUUCCAACCCAUAGAAGAAAGUGGUUACCUGUUUUUCUCACAGCUCUUAGUAAGAGGGGAACAAGUCAGUAAACAAAAACAGGAAUCGUGUCAGUUAGCUGUUGACGUGAUGUCAUGUUUGUUGAAGCUAGUAAUACUGAUUGGUGCUAUUAUACUGGUGUUUGGUAUACCGUAUUCCUAUCUAGCAUUAGAUCUAUACGGUGAUACCAUGCUCUCAUCUGGGUCAGGUAUGUAUAAAUAGCUAUGACACAAGCACUUUCAGCAGUAUAGAAAUAGGCAAUACUGUAUGCAAGACUCC